GAUAUUGUUCAUACAUAUAUAAACUUUAGUAGAUAAUCCUAGUAGUAUAGGAUGUCAUUAGAAUCAAGAAUGAAGAACCUUGAUAUGGGUGAAGAGUCCAUAUUGGAAGACUUCAUAUUUGAAGGACUUGACCCGGAAACAAAGGCCGAGUAUCAAACUCCAACGUCAUCGAUUGAAGUGAUCAAUGCCAAACUUUCCAAGGAAUUACUUGAACCUUCGAACCAACUUCUGUGGGAUCUUUUAGAUUUAUUGCAAGAUGUGCCCAAACCUGACCAUGAAAAGAUAUACGAGGACUUGAUGAGCGUCCCACAAUCCAUUGGAAGAACUUCAUUCCGUUUCAAAAGAUCUGGAAUCACGGGUGAUAUCAGUGGGUAUAAUGAAGAAUUAAGAUUAGAUGAAAUUGAUAAUGCUACUGCUAGUAAUUCACUUUCAGUCAACAGAAAGUUCACCCCGAAAAGUGAAGCCAAUCUGGCUCGUUAUUUGCCCUUCCAACCUGGUGGGUUGGUGAAACAAAAGACCCUUGCUGGGAAGAAAGAUGAGUCUUCAUUGUUGCAUAGAAAUGACCAAGGGUUGUUUGACAUUCCACAAGGGUUUCUGAGAGGGUUGCGGGUUUCUGGAACUGAUGAUGAGAAGAUUGCUCAAUUGGAAGAAGAAACUGAAUUUGAAGAUGAAGAACAAUCUAAUACAUUUGAAGGUGAAGAUGGUGAAGAGGAAAUAGAUGGAUUUGUCACUAGUGAAAUUAAAAUUGGAAAUGAACCAAUUUCAAGUUCAGUUUCUUCUGCACCAUUUAGUGCAGAAGAAAUCGAUGGGAUCCUUCCAGCCAAUUUUUCCAAUCUCAAACAAAACCUUGCUGCCAAUAAGGAAGCCAAGCGUACUUGGGCCCAUGUGGUGGAUUUGGAUCAUAAGUUAGAGAAUUUCCAUGACGUUGUGCCUAAUAUGGCGCGUGAAUGGCCGUUCGAAUUGGAUACUUUCCAACAGGAAGCAGUUUACCAUUUAGAACAAGGUGAUUCAGUAUUUGUUGCUGCUCACACAUCUGCAGGUAAAACUGUUGUAGCAGAAUAUGCAAUUGCCAUGGCUGCUAGAAACAUGACCAAGGCAAUUUAUACCUCGCCUAUCAAGGCUCUUUCUAAUCAAAAAUUUAGAGAUUUUAAAGAAACAUUUAAAGAUAUUGAUAUUGGGUUAAUCACUGGUGAUGUACAAAUCAACCCAGAGGCUAACUGUUUGAUCAUGACAACAGAAAUCUUGAGAUCUAUGUUGUAUAGAGGUGCUGAUCUUAUUCGUGACGUUGAGUUUGUCAUUUUUGAUGAAGUCCAUUAUGUCAAUGAUAUUGAUCGUGGUGUGGUAUGGGAAGAAGUUAUUAUCAUGCUUCCAGAUCAUGUCAAAUAUAUCUUAUUGUCAGCAACGGUGCCGAAUACAUUUGAAUUUGCAAACUGGGUUGGUAGAACUAAACAAAAGGAUAUAUAUGUUAUUUCAACUCCCAAGAGACCGGUCCCAUUAGAAAUUUUCAUUUGGGCUAAAAAUGAAUUAUUGAAAGUUAUUGACUCACAGAGAAAAUUCCUGGAUAUUGAAUUCAAAAAACAUAAGGAAAUCUUAGAAAGAGGUGAUAACAAGAAGCCUCCAAAUGUGAAGAUGGGUGGCGGUAGUCGUGGUGGCCGUGGUGGUAGUGCAAGAGGUGGGAAUAGAGGUGGUGGCCAGGUAGCUAGAGGUGGCCGUUCUGGUGGGAACUUCAACCGGGAUGGACCUAACAAAAACACUUGGGUGACUCUUGUACAAUAUUUGAAGGGGAAUAACCUUCUUCCUGCAGUGAUUUUCGUAUUUUCCAAGAAGAAGUGUGAAGAAUUUGCCAAUACUCUUAGUAGUGUUGAUUUCUGUAAUGCUAGAGAAAAAUCAGAAAUCCAUAUGUUUAUUGAUCGUGCUGUGUCCAGAUUGAAGAAAGAAGAUAGAGAAUUACCCCAAAUUCUCACAAUUAGAGAUAUGUUAAGUCGUGGUAUUGCAGUACACCAUGGUGGACUUUUACCAAUUGUUAAGGAAUGUAUCGAAAUUCUUUUUGCCAGAACUUUGGUCAAGGUAUUAUUCGCCACAGAAACUUUUGCUAUGGGUUUGAAUUUACCUACCAGAACAGUUGUGUUUAACACCGUACGUAAGCAUGAUGGUAGAGGUUUCAGAAACUUGUUACCAGGUGAAUUUACUCAAAUGUCUGGUAGAGCUGGUAGAAGAGGGUUAGAUGCAACCGGUACUGUCAUCGUCAUGUCCUUCAACGAACCACUCCUGCCAGUUGAUUUCAAGGAAGUUACCUUGGGUACUCCAACUAAAUUGGUUUCUCAAUUUAGACUCACAUACAAUAUGAUUUUGAAUCUUUUAAGAAUUGAAGCAUUGAGGGUGGAAGAAAUGAUUAAACAUUCCUUCAGUGAGAAUAGUACCCAGACUUUGUUGCCAGAACAUCAAACAAAGGUUGCUGAAUUGAGCAAGGAAUUAGAAGUGACGAAAGUGGAACCAUGUUCUAAAUGUCAAUUGAAUGGUGCCACGGAAGCAUAUGAUUUACUUCAACAGCAUCAAAAGUUAUACGGACAAAUCAUUGAAGAAAUCCUGAAACUGCCAAUAGGAAGAACAACUUUAUUGAGAACAGGUAGAAUGGUUGUUUUCAGAGAUGUUUCAACUAGUUCCAUCAAGUUGGGUUUCAUUGUUAGAACUGAAAUUACCACUAAUUCCUUACUUGUAUUGACAUUCGACUCAGGUGAAAACUUUGAAGAAGAUACCAAGAAGUAUAUGAUUCCAUGGUUCCCAUUGAAACAAUACACCUCUAGGCUUUUCCCCAAGAUGACUACCGUGAAGAACCUUAAGGUUGUUCUUGUGCCCUAUGAGAAUGUUAACUUUUUAGGUAGAUAUGCUCUUAGAGUUAACAUUCAAGGAAUCAUUCAAAAUCAAAAGGAAUUGGUUGAUGAAGCAAUCAAACAAAUCCAAACACUUAUCAAGUUUAAGGAUAAGUGGGAAGAAAUUGGAUUUUAUCAAUCAACUCAAUUGUCAUUGCAUGAACUUUUGGAACAAAAGAAGUUGAUUGGCCCCAAAUUAUUGGAAAUUGAAGCAUUUAACUGUGAUUCUUUCAAAACUCAUUAUUAUGAGUUAUAUAAACAAGAUCAUUUGAAGCUGGAGAUUGCCUCUUUACAAAGACUUAUUUCAGAUGAAAAUUUGGAGUUACUUCCUGAUUACGAACAAAGAUUGGAUGUCUUGCAAGAGCUUGGAUUUAUCGAUCAUAACCAUAAUGUUGUCUUGAAGGGUAGAGUUGCGUGUGAAGUGAAUUCUGGCUGGGAGCUUGUGGUUACUGAAUUGGUUUUGGAUAACUUUUUGGGAGAUUUUGAACCUGAGGAAAUUGUUGCACUUCUUUCAUGUUUUGUUUAUGAGGGUAGAACAAAUGAAGAGGAAGAUCCUUGUAUAACUCCAAGAUUAGAAAGAGGUAAGCAAAGAAUCUUAACCAUUGUUGAGAAACUCAUGAAGGUUUAUACCGACAACCAAGUAACCCUUACCAGUGAUGAAGAAGAGUUUUUAGAACGUAAGAGAUUUGCAUUGGUGAAUGUUGUAUAUGAAUGGGCCAGAGGAAUGUCUUUCAAAGAGAUUAUGGAAAUGAGUGUUGAGGCUGAAGGUACCAUUGUUAGAGUGAUUACCAGAUUAGAUGAAAUUUGUCGUGAAGUUAGAAACGCAGCAUUGAUUGUGGGUGAUUCUACACUUCAUGCUAAGAUGACUGAAGCACAGGAAAGAAUCAAAAGAGAUAUUGUUUUCUGUGCUUCAUUGUAUUUAUAAGGAUAUAUACACUAAUAUACAUUUAGAGC